UUCGGCCGCUCGAUGGUCACGCAGCCACUCGGCUCCGCUUCCUCACCGGCGGAGCCGAGCGGCCCCGCAAAAAUCGAGAGGCCGAACUGGAAGAAGGAGCAGCCGCUCCUCUCCCCCACUGACACUAACGAUGGGGCACUAUUCCUCCUCCACACUGACACCAACGAUGAGGCACUGUUCUCCCCACUGAUACCAAUGAUGGGGCACUAUUCCUCCUCCCCACUGACACCAAUGAUGGGGCACUAUUCCUCCCAC